AUGGAGAUAUCAGGAGAUGAUGACAAUGAAAACCAGCUCGCUGAGAAUAUUCCUGUUACCUCCGAGUCUCCUGUUCAAAGAUACAUACAAGAGACCCUAUCAGCCGUCCUGGAUGAACUAUCCACCCCCGACGGCCGACCCUCCAUUACACUGAGACAGAGAUCCAGAAAGCCCGCAUCAUUGUUCCUCAAUCCACGAACCAUGGCCCUUGAAACCAUGGAGACGGAGAUGUUCAGCACCUACACUUGGCCUGGCCGUGAUGCCAAUGAAGCCUGGAGAUUCACUGUCGCUUUUCGAGUCCUCUCGGCCAUUGCGGAGGCAGUUGAAGCAGGAAUGGUCGUGUCCAAGAGAGACAUAUACUAUAGCGAUACUGCCUGCUUCGGCUCUCAGAGAUUUGUCGACAGACUCGUUGAUGACUUUGCACACACAAUGAGGGUGGAUCGGGCUGCGUUAUAUGUGGAGGCAGCAGCAAAAGGGCUCAUCGUGGGAUAUUACCGGCUCACCAUGAAGAGCUGUGAAGUCGUGGAUGCACGGUUCUCAAACCAGGAUAUCCUCAUACCACGCGUACAAGAUAUCGACACGAUUGACAUUUCAGAUGUCAACUGGGCCGUAUACCGUCGACUCGCGAGCAGCAACUACCACAUCGACUCUGCAGCAGGCAAGGGGAUCCUCAUCACCGUAAGUUCCAAACCACUAUCACGUAUGAAGAGAUUGUGUCAACCUCCCCAGGGCAAAGGCUAUCCCGAUCUCAACACCCGAGCCUUCAUCCGUAAACUCUUCGACAGCCGUAACCAAUCCACUCAACGACCGCAAUUCUAUGCCUUGGUUGACAGUGACCCCGACGGAAUGGCCAUCAUGGCCACCUACAAAUACGGCUCCAUGGCCUUUGCGCACGAGAACCGAAACCUGAAUAUCCCCGGCCUGCACUGGUUAGGACUCCGGACAUCGGUUGUCGUUGCCGGGUCAGAUCCGCAGGGCGAUGAGGCACUGGUCCAUCUUACUGCAAGAGACCGGAAGAAAGCCAUGGCCAUGUUGUCCAAGAAUCCUGUUUGGGCGGCCGAUGGACCGGAGCUGGAGUGGCGUGCCGAGUUGCAGCAGAUGCUCAUGCUGGAUGUGAAAGCCGAGACGGAGAUUCUAUACGACGGGGAGGGGGGAUUGGUUGGAUGGCUUGAUCGGAAGCUAUCUUGCCUCCAAGCCAACCACCUGUAA